AUGGACACGACCCUGUACACAAGGUACAGCGACGUCAUUAAAGAUUACCUGCAACAAGGCAUCUAUGUGCUGAUCAAGUUCAGACUUCACCAGAUAGCCUUUACUGCUGAUAUUACCAAAGCCUUCUUGCAGAUAGCUUUAGCAGAGAAAGAUAAAGAUGCUGUGAGGUUCCUGUGGCUGCAGGGGCCCCCAACCAAAGACAGUGAAAAUGAUCUGCGCAUCUUGAGAAUGAGCAGAGUAGUAUUUGGAGUGUCACCCAGCCCUUUCUUGUUAGCUGCAACAAUCAGAAAACAUAUCAAGCAGUAUGAAACAGAGCAGCCCAAGACAGUGGAGGCGCUGAGGGAGUGUCUUUAUGUAGAUGAUUUCAUUGCCAGCGCAAGUAAUGUGGAUGAAGCACUUUCAGUCACUACAAAGGCAAAAGAGAUUCUGUCCCAUGCUGGCAUGAACCUAUGCAAAUGGAUAACUAAUUCACCAGAACUGAGAGCUAAGUGGACAGAAGGUGGAAUGGAGCACACAACAGAAACAGCCACUUGUGGAAAUGUACUGAAGGUGUUGGGACUAGUAUGGAGAUCAGAGAAGGAUGACUUUGUGUUUGACCUAAAGGGACUGCUAGACAUUAUGAAAGGCAAGGAAAACACAAAGAGAAAUGUACUACAGACAUCAGCUCGUGUCUUUGACCCAAUCGGGUUUCUCACCCCCUUCACCAUCAGAGCCAAGUGCCUGUUCCAGGAACUGUGGGAGAGGGGAGUUGGUUGGGAUGAUCAGCUGCCUUCAGACCUGGCUGAAAAAUGGGACCGGUGGUGUGCAGAGUUGCCGCAGCUCCACCAGCUGGACAUACCAAGAUGGUACCAAAUAGACAUUAACCCAGACUCACAGACUGUCAAGCUACACGUUUUCUGUGAUGCCAGCGAAAGGGCGUACAGUGCUGUUGCCUAUUUGCAAGGAGAGAACAAAGAAAAGGAGAUUGUGACAAGUUUUGUGGCAUCCAAGUCAAAGGUAGCCCCCUUAAAGAAAAUGACAUUACCACGCUUGGAACUUAUGGGAGCACUGAUUGGAGCAAGGCUAGGUAAUAAUCUUCUCAAGCCACUCAACAUGAAAAUAAAUCAGUUAAACAUGUGGACAGACUCAAUGAUUGUUCUUCACUGGAUACGCAGCACAGCACAAAGGUGGAAGCCGUUUGUGGCCAACAGAGUGGCUGAGAUACAAGGUCUCACAAAUCCUGAACUGUGGUCUCACUGCAAUGGCAAAAACAAUCCUGCUGACUUGCCCACCAGAGGGCAGAGUGUAGAGAACCUCCUGCAAAGCCAGUUAUGGUGGAGUGGACCCAUCUCACUGUCAUCUGCAGAAGAAGUAGAAAGCAUUGAUGAGGACUGCAUUGCAGAUGAGGUAAGCAGGGAGCUUAGGUCUAAGUUUCAGACAGUAGUACAGCUUAGCACCGUUGAGCAGGCUGAGCCAUUGUUAGACCUAGGAAAAUACAGCAGGUUGAAAACAGUACUGAGAAUAACUGCAUGGGUGCGAAGGUUCAUAACUAAUGCCCGCUCCUCUCCAAGAACUCAAGGAGAGUUAACUACUGAGGAGCUCACUGCAGCAGAAGUGUACUGGGUAAAAGUGACACAAAACCAGAGUUUCAGUCAAGAAAUCUGUCAGCUGAAGUCUGGAAGAGAUAUCAAGAAAGACUCAAAAAUCAGAGACUUGAAGCCGUUUUUUGAUGAAAAUGGCCUUGUUAGUGUGGGAGGCAGGCUACAGCACACUGAUUUCAGCUUCAGGGAGCAGCACCCAUGGGUGCUGCCUGCAAAUCACAAAUUCUCUGAGUUGCUAGCUCAGGACUGUCAUGAGAGAGUGAUGCACUCUGGGAUUAGAGACACUCUGGUGCAAAUGAGGGAAAGAUACUGGGUUUUGAGGGGGAGACAGCUGGUCAAGCAAGUGGUAGCACAUUGUCACAUCUGCAGGAGACUUAAGCUUAAGCCAGUGCAGCAAGUUACAGCUCCAUUACCAAGAGACAGAGUCACAGAGUCCCCACCCUUUGAAGUAACUGGGGUAGAUUUUGCAGGGCCGCUCUAUGUUAAAUGUAGUGGUCAGCCUAAGAAGGCAUACAUUGCACUAUUUACUUGUGCUGUUACCAGAGCAGUGCAUUUAGAGCUAGUUUCAGAUCAGACUACUGAAAACUUUCUGUUAGCCUUAAGAAGAUUUAUUGCAAGGCGAGGGCUGUGUAAAGUUAUUUACUCAGACAAUGCUAAAACGUUCAAAAGAGCAGACCAAGACCUGAAGGAGCUGUGGAGGUCAUUCAGAAAAUCAGAGCUCACUGACUUUUUCACGGACAAGGGGAUCACCUGGAAGUUUAUUGUGGAGAGAGCUGCUUGGUGGGGCGGCUUCUGGGAAAGACUUGUGAGAUCUGUAAAAACAUGUUUGAAGAGGGUCCUAGGGAAAGCUUCACUCACCUUUGAGGAGCUGACAACCAUGCUUGCAGAGGUAGAGGCUGUGCUGAAUUCCCGGCCUCUCUCCUAUGUCCAUAAUGACGCAUCAGAGCCCCAGCCGCUUUCACCCUCACAUUUCCUGGUUGGGAAAAGACUCACCUCUCUGCCACCACAGACUAUGAUAUCUUCAUCUAAGGCAACUAAUGUAAGCAGAGAGGACAUGGGCAAGAGAUGGAGGUACCGGCAGAGGCUGUUAACCAGCCUUUGGAACAGCUGGCGGAAGGACUACUUGAUGGACUUAAAAUCAGCUCACCAGUGUGACACACCCAUACCCACCACGCUGAAGGUGGGAGAUGUCAUACUGAUUGGAGAGGACAAUAUGCCCAGGCAAACCUGGAAAAUGGGCAGGAUUGUUGAGUUGUUUUCAGGCAGAGAUGGACUUGUUCGUUCCUGCACUGUUCGUACAUCUACAGGCAGUCUGUUGCGGAGACCUAUUCAGUUGAUAUAUCCAUUAGAGAUAAGUUAAGUAAUAAGUGAAUCGAUAUGAACACCUGUUCAUCGGGCGGGAGGAUGUUGUAAAUUAUUGAGGCUAAUAUUAGACAAGCAGUCAUUAUAUUUUGUUGUAGAAAUUAUGUAAAUGAAUGUUAGUUAAAUUUUGAUUGAUUUGUUUUAUUUACGUGAACAGGAAGUGCUUUUAUUU